UGCCUGAGAAGUUACAAACGGCACGGGAACGAACCGAACGCUCUCUGUACAGAUCAGAGACGAAGAAGAAGAUACCGAAGCCCACAGGUUCCCUGCUAAGCUCUCUACAGCUUUUUUUUCGUUCAAAAAGCUCUCUCUCUCUCUCUCUCUCCUUGAUUUACAACAUAGAGAGGGAUGGCAGGGUCGGCGGCGUGUCGGCCGCCGGCGCUUACGCCGGAGGAAGAGAAGGUGACGAUUAGGGACAUUUCUAUGGCUGCCGAAUCGCAGACGAAAGAAGGGGAUACAUUCUAUAUGAUCACCCAAAGAUGGUGGCAAGAUUGGCUGCAGUAUGUGAACCAAAACCAGACAACUACUAUAAAUGAUGGAUCCUCUACUGAGUGGCCUGAUUCUAUUGGUUUAAGUAAUUUAAAGAGGCCGUCUGCUAUUGAUAAUUCUGAUUUGAUAUAUAAAGCAGCACCAGAGGACUCCACUAGUGGUAUUGAGCUCCAUGAUACUCUAGUAGAAGGCACAGACUAUAUAUUGCUUCCUCAAGAAGUUUGGAACAAGUUAUAUGCAUGGUAUGGAGGGGGUCCCGUGUUGGCUCGAAAGGUGAUCAAUUCUGGUCUCUCACAGACAGAAUUGGCUGUUGAAGUUUAUCCCUUGCGGCUUCAGUUGCAUCUGAUGACUAAAGGGGAACACUCUACCAUAAGAAUAAGCAAGAAGGAAUCUAUCGGAGAGCUUCACCGAAGAGCUUGUGAGAUUUUUUAUCUCCAUUCAGAGCAAGUAUGGAUUUGGGACUAUUAUGGCCGCCGCAAACAUGCUUUGAUGAAUGAAAUGGAUAAAACACUUGAUGAUGCCAACAUACAAAUGGAUCAGGAUAUUUUGGUGGAGGUUGCUGACAACAGUAAUACUGCUGCAUUAGGUGGUCAUGUCAGUUCUGUUCAGGCGAAUGGGUCUGCUGACAAGGAAACAACCUCAGUUUUCGUAGAGCCUUCCAAGUCAAGCUUUUCAAUUGCAGGAGGUUUAUCUGCUAGCAAAGGCUUGUCAAAAAACUGCAAUUUGGAGUCACCAGCACUUCAGAACCUAACCUCCCCUGGUAGGGAACCAGAGAAUACAUAUGGGACAAUUGGUGUUACCACAAGGGGGUCUUCUGGUGGUCUGACUGGAUUGGUGAAUCUUGGAAACACAUGCUUUAUGAAUAGUGCCAUACAGUGCCUUGUCCAUACUCCAGAGUUUGCUAGAUAUUUUCGGGAAGAUUACCAUAAAGAAAUAAACUGGCAGAAUCCUCUCGGCAUGGUGGGUGAGCUAGCUCUGGCAUUUGGUGAGUUACUCCGAAAAUUAUGGGCACCCGGGCGAACUCCAGUUGCUCCGCGGCCAUUCAAAACAAAACUUGCUCGCUUUGCACCACAGUUCAGUGGAUACAAUCAGCAUGAUUCUCAGGAACUCCUUGCAUUUUUAUUAGAUGGUCUUCAUGAAGAUCUGAAUCGUGUCAAACACAAACCUUACAUAAAAUCAAGAGAUGCAGAUGGAAGACCUGAUGAAGAGGUUGCUGAUGAGUAUUGGGCAAAUCACAUUGCUCGUAAUGAUUCCAUAAUCGUGGAUGUGUGCCAAGGCCAAUACAAGUCGACUCUGGUUUGUCCUGAUUGCAAUAAAAUUUCAGUUACAUUUGAUCCCUUCAUGUACCUUUCUUUGCCACUACAAUCCACCACCACUCGUACUAUGACUGUGACAGUCUUUACUUGUGAUGGAACUGCUUUACCGACUGCUUGCACAGUAACUGUUCCAAAGCAGGGACGUUGCCGAGACUUGAUCCAAGCUGUUAGCAACGCUUGUUCCUUAAAGCAUCAUCAGAAACUUUUGCUUGCAGAGGUAAAAUGUCACAUAAUUGACCGGUUCUUGGAUGAACCUUUAACACUGUUAUCUUCCAUAAAAGACGAUGACCACCUAGCUGCGUACAAGAUUCCCAAAUUUAUGAAGAACACAAAAUUUCUUCAGUUGAUUCACCGUCGAGAAGAACAGGAAACUGGCAAUGGCCAAAAUACACGGGGAUGGAAGCCAUAUGGAACACCUCUUGUUUCACCGAUCUCCUGUGAUGAAAUAAUUAGGAGAGGUGAUAUACAGUCAAUGGUUCAUAAAAUGCUCUCUCCCAUGCUAAGAGCCGAGAAUAUGGGACAUCCUGAUCUCUCUGAUUCUAACACCUCUCCACCAGUUUCAACUCCAUCUCAAACAGCUACUUCUAUUGAAGGAUGUAAAGAGUCCAAUAUAGCAGAUUCAGUACAGAGGGAUGGUGGCAGCUCAAAAUCAGGAACCUUCCGUAAACUUCCUCUCCAGUUGGUUGAUGAAAACAAUGCAUGCAUAGACCUAUCAAUGGGGGAAGAUAAAGCUGUGAAAAUUUCCAUGUCAUCAACCUCAAUACUGGUGUUUAUUGAUUGGUCAGAGAAACUUUUGGAAAACUAUGAUACUCAUUACUUGGAAAACUUGCCAGAAGUGUUCAGAUAUGGGCCCGUGACAAAGAAAGCUCGAAAUGAACCUCUGUCCUUGUACACUUGCCUGGAGGCUUUUCUUCGUGAAGAGCCAUUGGUCCCUGAAGACAUGUGGUACUGCCCUCGAUGCAAGGAGCGAAGGCAAGCAAGCAAGAAGCUGGAUCUCUGGAGGCUUCCCGAAGUGCUUGUGAUCCAUUUAAAGAGGUUCUCAUACAGCAGGUCGAUGAAGCACAAGCUGGAGACCUUUGUCAAUUUUCCCAUACACGGCUUUGAUUUGACAAAUUAUGUAGCCAACAAGAAAAACCCAAGGCCUCAGCUCUACGAACUCUAUGCCUUGACCAAUCACUAUGGCGGGAUGGGAAGUGGCCACUACACUGCACAUAUCAAGCUUGUAGAUGAAAACAGGUGGUACAACUUCGACGACAGCCAUAUUUCAGCCAUAAAUGAGGAGGAUGUAAAGUCGGCAGCCGCCUAUGUGCUUUUCUACAGGAGGGUGAGAACUGAGGAUGCCUCCGGUGGCAAUGGGACACCGUCCUCAGCCGGUCACAACAUUUCUGCUCAGAAGUAGGCUCUUUGGGACUCUUUAUACGUACUCAUAAAUAUGUUUAGGGGGAAAAAAUUUUAACUGUUGUAUGUAUGUAAUCUUCUUCUUCAUUUCAUUAAUGAGAAACUUAAAAGUACAGAAGCCUUAAAUAGCAUGGAAAUGGGCUUUAUUGAGCUCAAGCAACAGGUAUGUAGGACGAUGAAACUUGAGGCUUAAACAAAUUUUAGACUAGACAUUGUAUAUAUAAUGGAUUACGAUAAUUGAUUGGGAUUUUGAACCUUCAGCUUUU